UUUCACUCUCUCUCUCUCUCUCUCUCUAGGGUUUCAGAUUCUUCUCUCUACCAAUCGGCUUUUUCUAUCCAAGAAGGAAGGAGGCGAAAAGGUGCCGUAUUCAGAUUACGCGUAUAUUCACAUGGAGCUGCUCUAGAGAUUCCGAUCCUCCGGUUGCUCUCUCCGUACUCCACCACCGUGUCGUUAUAUCGAUUCGUCGGAGCUCAAUCGUUCGGCUUUUCUCAGCUCUGAUAUCUGAUAAAGGGAGGCCACGCUGGUUGAUUUAAAUGAUAUGCAAAAGUGGGAUAAGGAGUCUGAUUGUUCAAGCCGGGAGUAUAGUAGGGUGUGCGAGGACUGGGGCGUAUUUGAACAGCAUUGGCAGAGUUUGCAUGCAGGCCUCUUUGGGGAGCCGCGGAUUUAAAACGAGUCUAAGGAUGAUGGUUGAUUCUAGCGCGUCGCAGAAACAGGGAUCCAUUGUUGAUGUCUUGUCGGAGAAAGAGGAAGAGGGUGGAUAUAUCAGUGGAGGCUGGAAAAGUGAAGGCGGGAAACUUAGCUGUGGCUAUUCCAGUUUCAGGGGAAAAAGAGCCACCAUGGAGGAUUUUUAUGACAUAAAAACUUCCAAGAUUGAUGGGCAAACAGUCUGCCUCUUUGGAAUAUUUGAUGGUCAUGGUGGUUCUCGCGCUGCUGAAUAUCUGAAGGAGCAUCUAUUUGAGAAUCUAAUGAAGCAUCCAAACUUUAUCACAGACACCAAGUUAGCUAUUAGUGAAUCAUAUCAGCAAACUGAUGCAGCUUUUUUGGAUUCUCAAAGGGAUACAUACCGUGAUGAUGGUUCUACUGCUUCAACUGCAGUCUUAGUGGGCAACCAUCUAUAUGUUGCUAAUGUUGGAGAUUCUCGUACAGUAAUAUCCAAGGCAGGACAAGCAAUUCCUCUAUCUGAGGAUCAUAAACCAAAUCGAACUGAUGAGAGGAAGAGAAUUGAAAAUGCCGGGGGCAUCGUAAUGUGGGCAGGAACUUGGAGAGUAGGAGGUGUUUUGGCCAUGUCACGAGCUUUCGGAAACCGUAUGUUGAAGCAGUUUGUUGUUGCGGAACCUGAGAUCCAGGAACAAGUGAUAGACCAGGAAUUUGAAUUGCUGGUGCUUGCUAGUGAUGGGUUGUGGGACGUGGUGCCAAAUGAGGAUGCUAUUUCACUUGCCCGAACAGAAGAACCUGAGGCAGCGGCUCGUAAGUUAACAGGGACUGCAUUUGCGCGUGGUAGCGCAGACAAUAUAACAUCCAUUGUCGUGAGGUUCAACCACGACAAAGCAGAGUCUGCUGGGGCUAACCAAUAGAGAAAUCUACUUUGCAUGAUUCAUCACCAUGUUGAAGUAGUUGACUAAAUUAAAUCUGCAAAAGGCUGGGGCUAACCAAUGUAAUGCAAAAGGCUGAAUGUGCGUAUAGAAAUGAAGGCAAUUAAUUUAUUCAUUGGUUUUGUUUUCGAGUUGCUUUUGUACCGAGACGUUACCUCAAUCUGUUUCAUUGUGGUUAAUAAACUGGUACAGUGUGCCUCAGUGCCUAUCUGCUUGGCUUAUAGUGAUGAUUGUAAUAUCCAUGAUUCUCCAUCGCA